AGGGGCGGGCUCGGCUGUGGCAGCAGUGGAGGGUUAUCUGUGGGGACAGCGGGGGUGACACCCGGGAGCAGGCGGACACCAUGGUGUUUGAGUCCUUGGUGGUGGAUGUGCUGAACCGCUUCCUGGGGGACUAUGUGGUGAAUCUGGACAGCUCACAGCUCAAGUUGGGCAUAUGGGGCGGUGCUGUAGCAUUGAAGAAUUUGGAAAUUAAAGAAAAUGCACUGAGUCAACUGGAUGUGCCUUUCAAAGUUAAAGCAGGCCAUAUUGGCAAACUUGAUCUUAAGAUUCCUUGGAAAAAUCUAUAUACUCAACCAGUGGAGGCAGUUUUGGAUGGCGUUUACCUACUCAUAGUACCUAUUGCAAGUAUAAAAUAUGAUGCAGAGAAAGAACAAAAACAGUUCUUGGAAGCCAGACAACGGGAACUACUGCGCAUUGAAGAGGCUAAACAAAAAGUGGCUGAUCAGGAAAAGCCUAAAGGAGAAAAGCAGGAUACCUUUGCAGAGAAGUUAGUAACUCAGGUUAUUAAGAAUCUUCAAUUGAAGAUAUCCAACAUUCAUAUCCGAUAUGAAGAUGAUAUCACAAAUCCUGAAUGUCCGCUCUCCUUUGGAGUCUCACUUCAGAACCUCAGUUUGCAGACAUCUGAUAAAAAUUGGAAUCCAUGUCUUCAUGAUGAAUCCUCAAAAUUGUUUUACAAGAUUGUACGUCUUGACAACCUGUUUGCCUACUGGAACGUGAAAUCUGAGAUGUAUUACCACCGAUCAUACAAUGAAGCCUUGGGUAUUUUGAAGUAUGGUGUAACUUCUCACAAUGUCAUCCCUGAAGGUUAUGAUUUUGUAUUCCGUCCAAUUUCAGGAAGAGCAAAGCUCCGUAUGAAUCCACGUUCAGAUUUUGACUUUUCUUCACCAAAAAUAGACCUAGAUGUUAACCUUCAGGACAUAGCCAUUGAAUUUAAUAAACCACAGUACCACAGUGUUAUGGAACUUCUUGAGUCUAUAGACAUGAUGUCAAGGAAUCUCCCAUACAGAAGAUUCCGGCCAGGUGUUAGCAUUCACAAUAAUGCUAGAGAAUGGUGGAAUUAUGCAAUAACUGGCAUCCUUGAAGUCAAUAUAAAACCACGUCUUCAUAUGUGGUCAUGGAGACAUAUUCGGAAACACCGCCAAGAGGUGAAGAGAUACAAAGAGUUGUAUAAAACCAAAAUAACAUCAAAGAAACCAUCUGAAGACAUUAUUCGUUUGACAGAGGAGCAUGAAGAAACUUUGGAUAUAUUUUGCAUUACUCUAGCAAGGCAACAGGCAGAAAUGGAGGCAACCAAGGCUGGACUUAAAAUAUUCAGACCUGGUGUAAAAGAUGAAGAUAGUAAUUCAAAUGGAUGGUUUGGUUGGAUGUGGGGCUGGUCUGGGGAAAGUCCAGAAAAAAAAGAAGAGGCAAAAUCUGGAAGUAUUGGAGAAUUGAUGACUCUGGAAGAGAAAGCUAAGCUGUAUGCCGCAAUUGGAUACAGUGAAACAGCAGUAGAUCCAACUCUUCCAAAAACGUAUGAAGCUAUGAUUGUAUGCAUCAAACUGCUGAGCAUGUCCAUCAGAUUACAAGAAGACAAAGGAAAAGCUGAGCUGAUUACUCUUGCCAUAACUGAUCUAAGCACAGUGUUAAAACAGCGUCCUGGUGCACAAGCACUUAGGUUUGAAGCCCAGAUUGGAACAUUUGAGAUAACAGGCAUACCUAAUGGCAAAAACAUUCCAUGUCUGUUGUCGUCACGAAAUGUGGUGGUAGACAAUAACAUUUCAUUGUUAAAUCUCAUGUUUGAAACAAAUCCACUAGAUGAAAGUGCUGAUCAAAGGCUAAUAGUAGAUUCUCAGCCUCUUGAAAUAAUAUAUGAUGCCAAAACAAUCAACAGUUUAGCUGAUUUUUUCCGACCACCCAAAGACGUCCAUCUUGAACAACUCACCUCUGCCACUUUAAGUAAAUUAGAAGAGUUCAGAGAUAAAACAUCAACAGGUCUACUGUAUAUUAUAGAGACUCAGAAGGUCCUUGAUCUAAAAAUACACCUAAUGGCUUCUUACAUCCUUGUCCCACAACAUGGCUUUUAUGAUACAACCUCAAACUUACUACUUUUAGAUCUUGGUAGUUUAAAGAUGACCAGUAAAAGCCGCUCUAACCUGCCUCAGUUGAAAGUAGGACAGAACAGCAUUGAAGACAUUAUGUCAAGAGCCUAUGAAAGUUUUGAUGUACAACUUAGCAGCAUUCAGCUGCUAUAUAGCAGACAUUAUGAAAAUUGGAAGGAGGCUCGUACACAAAAGCAUUCUGCUCAGCAUAUCCUAGAGCCAAUGGAUCUUAGGGUGGAUUUCAGCCGUGCCAUGGUAGUGACUGAUGCCAGGAUGCCCAAAUUUAAAUUGUUUGGAGAGCUGCCUAUACUUUCUGUAAAGAUUUCUGAUGAGAAGCUAAAAGGUGUACUGGAGCUGCUUGACAGUAUUCCUAAACCAGAGUCUUCUCCUCCCCCAUCAUCUUCUCUUAGGAAAGUUCCUAGCCAAAAGUCUCCUCCCAUAACAACACCUCAGCUUAUUGCAAAGCAUCCUGAUUUAGUGGCUCUGCAAUCAAUCAUUGAAUCUGAUUUAGAAUCAGAAUGUGAUGAAUUCUAUGAUGCGCCCACUAGUCCUGUAGAAGACAUGCCUUUCUUUGAAACCUCUAAUGGCUCACUAACUAGGAGUAGCAGCAUGAGAAGGAAGAGGCUGGCAAAACAAGAAACCCUGAAAAACAUGACAGAGUUUCAGAUGAGAUUUGAAAUACCAGUUGUGGUUUUGCAGCUUUGUAGCCUGUCUGAAGAUCUUGAGUUGGCUGUCUUGCAAAUGGAGAUUUUGGGGCUGGGCACGGAACUAAAUGUCCGAACAUUUGAUAUGUCAGCAAAUGCAUUUCUAAGAGAGAUCUCUUUAAAGUGUCCCCAGUAUACAGAUGAUGAAGAGAAACCUGUUCAUCUUAUUACAACGUUGGAUAAUACAACAGAUGAUCUUUUAAUUAUUGAAUACAUAAAGGCCGAUGUAAAUGGACCAGAAUUCAAAACUUCUUACAAGAAUAUUGAACAGUCAAUCAAGGUGAACUUCUCAUCACUGGAUGUCUGUCUCCACACUGAGGCUCUUUUAAGUACUAUGAGCUUUGUGACCAAUCUCAUGCCUCAGUCUGAAAACAAGGAACCUGAACCGCUUGUGCCAAAUUUAGAUGAAGAGGGGGAAGAAGAAAAAAGAGAUGGUCCAAAAAAGAAAAUAACACUGAAGAAAUCAAAAUACGAGGAUGUCAUAGGCUUACAUGUAUGUGCAGAGCUGUCAUGUCUUCGUGUCUUCAUACGAGAACAGAAGUGUAACAUUUCAGAAAUAAGUAUUGAAGGACUGGAUUCACAGGUGGUAAUGAAGAAAACAUCAACAGAAGUGCUGGCAAAAUUGAAAAAUAUUGUUAUCCUUGAUUCUGGUUGUGAUGCCAAAUAUAAAAAGGCGGUUUACAUUACUGGAAAAGAAGUCUUCAGUUUUAAAAUGGUCUCUUAUGUUGGUGCUACUGAAGGAGCUGCUUACAAUGAUAUGAACAUAGUGGAUAGCACGAUCACACUGACAGUGGGAUGCAUACAGGUCAUCUUUGUCAACAAAUUUAUUUCAGCUCUUCUGGCUUUCAUAAAUAAUUUCCAGACAGCUAAGGAAGCGUUAACGGAAGCCACAGUACAUGCUGCAGAAAAGGCUGCCAGUGGUGUGAAAGAGCUGGCCCAGCACAGUUUCCGACUAUCUUUGGACAUUAACAUUAAAGCCCCUGUUGUGAUUGUGCCUCAGUCCUCUACAUCAACAAAUGUACUGGUUGCAGAUUUAGGUCUCAUCAACAUAAAGAACAAUUUUUCUAUUGUAACACCAAGAAUCCGCAGUAGUCUACCACCUGUGGUUGACUGUAUAAUGGUGAAGCUGAGUGAUCUCAAGUUAUACAGAACCCUGUUUGAAAAUGGAUCUUUGAGAUCAGAGAUAGAACUGCUCCAACCGUUAAAUCUGGACAUCACAAUUGAGCGUAAUUUGUCAGCUGCCUGGUACAGUGAUAUUCCAGAUAUUAAGAUCAUUGGACAUCUAAAGCCAAUGAAUCUUAUUCUAGGGCAGGAGGACUUGACGAUCAUUCUCAGGACAUUGAAUGAAAACCUAGGAGAAACCUCAGAUAAGUCUGAUCCUGAGAAAAAUAAAAGUGAAACUUCAAGCAGCGGUACUAAUAGCCCAUCUCACAUCACCUCAGGCACAACAGUGGUGACCGCAGCUGUAGUUGAGACAUACACAACUAUUAAAGUGAAGACCACGUUGAAGUUGGAUUUCCAGUUUGACUCGCUUACUUUAAACUUGUAUAGCUCCGGCCCAAGCUCCCCUCUGAAAACAAUCAGUGUAAGAGAUAUUAGUUUAAAACUUGCAGAGUUCAAGCUGGGUCUGAUUUCAACAACUAUCAAGAUGUCCUCUGAUGGGUCCAUGAGUGCUGCUGUAAAACUUACAAACUGUAUUCUGGAUGAUAAAAGACAAGCUGUUCAGAAGGCAACACCACGAAUGCUGGAGAUGAAGCGUGGAUCAGAAAAGAAUGUCAUGGUAGAUGUCUGCUAUAAGCAAGGCAGGGAAGGCACUCUACUGGAUGUAACUGUGCGUGACAUCUAUAUGUGUACUAGUGUAGAGUUUUUGUGUACUGUGGCCGACAUUUUUAUUAAAGCCAAUGAACAAAGUUCUGCUGCACUUCGGAGCAGCAAACAGGCAUCAGUUACAAGUAAAGAAGCAGCUCCUGCACAACCGGUAUCUAAAAUGGAAAUGAAUGUAGUGGUUAAGAACCCAGAGUUUGUGUUUGUGGCUGAUUUAUCAAGGGCAGAUGCCCCAGCACUUGUUCUUACAACACAGUGUGAGCUCUCCAUCAAAAACAGUCCGGAGCAGCAGCACAUGACUGCAGCAGUCAAAGACUUGCACGUGAAGGCCUGUCCUUUUCUGCCGGACAAAAGAGAUGGCAAGAUCACCACAAUUUUACAGCCAUGUGAUGUGUUUUUCCAAAGUGUACAGUCUAAUGGUGGUCCACAGAAUAUAGAACUCUCAAUAAAAUCCCUCAUGUUAAAGGUCUCUCCAGUUAUUAUUAACACAGUGAUCACAAUCACAUCUGCACUGUCUACUUCCAGAAAUGAAGCAAUAAGUGAGGUCACAAGUCCAGUUCCGCCGGAUCUAUGGAAAAAGAAAGAUUUAAAGGAUUUGAAAUUGUGGUUUCUUGAAGAAGAAAAUGAGAAGGAAAGCAGAAACAGUGAAAUUAACCAGAUGGUCUUAACAGGAGAAAAAUUAGACUUGAGCAUAGACUCAAUUAUCAUAACCCUAGAAGCUGGUGUUGGCCACAGAACACUGCCAAUCCUUUUAGCAAAGUCCUCUUUCAAAGGGAAUGUUAUGAACUGGAGCACCCUCAUAAACCUAUACUGCCAGCUUGACCUAGAGGUUCAUUACUACAAUGAAACAUUUGGUGUAUGGGAGCCUUUGCUAGAACCUCUGGAAAUAGAGAAAAGUGAUACAUUUCGACCUUGGAGUCUUGAAGUUAAGAUGAAAAAGAAAUUAAGAAAACAAGUUUUUGAGACUGAUGGUGAAGAGGAGAGCUACAAGAUACCAGACUACGUCACAGCAGUAAACAUUUUUUCUAAAGACCAGCUAAACAUCACAUUGUCUAAAUGUGGGUUGCUAACAUUGACUAACCUAGGACAGGCUUUUGCUGAAGCAGCCAGUCAAACAUCAGAUGUCUUCAAAAAAGAUCAAGCUCCAUUUGUCAUAAAAAAUUUUCUGGGCCUUCGUAUUUCUAUCUCUCCAAGUGACUCUUUUACUGCUUUAAAUGUUGAUCCAAGUUUAAAGAGCCUACAACUGGAUGAUGGGGAGAGUCUUAGCAUGGAUUAUGUCUAUACCAAAACCCAGAUUGAUCAGUUUUCUGCCAUGACCAGUCUUAGCAGCAAACACUUUUAUAUCCAGCUCACUCCUUGGAAUCACUCCUCAAGUGACAAAAUACCUUUAACCAAAGUGGGCCGAAGCCUUCACUGUGUAAGACAUUCUGACUCUGGUGUUGAGCGAUACAUUGUUUGUCAAGUCGAUUCUGUGGAAGGGACAAAAUGUAUAACAAUACGGUCACCAUUACAGAUUAAAAAUCACUUUUCAGUAGCAUUUGCAAUCUAUCAUGAUGACACGUGUUUGGGGACUGCUGAACCAGAAAGUGACUUUAACAUCCCAUUGUCAUCUUACAGGUCCACACUGUGCUUAAAUCCAGUCACUGAAGAAUAUGAGAAAUGUGAGGGAAUUGACUUUGAAGAAUUUUUAAAAAAUGAAGGUUCACUGUUGGGCAGAAAAUGUCAGUCCCGUGAAAAUAACUCAGAUUCUUUCAUUGUAAACAUUGUACCCGUGAUGGAUACCCUAAUAUCCUUUGCUUGUACUGAUGAGAAAUGGGAUCUUCCCUACAUUGUCCAUUUGUGGCCAAGCGUUGUUGUACAGAAUUUGCUUCCUUAUCAGAUAACAUGCUGUCGUGAGGGUGCCGAAAAUGAGCGAGUUCCAAUAGAAGAUGGCUGUUCAGUCCAGAUACACAAUGCAGUUGUAGAUGAAACAAAACUGAGAUUGCAAUUAUUAAAUUAUCUUGACAUGAAUUGGGAAGCCAAGUAUCCAAUCCAAAGCAAGCAGCCAGAUAUUCAUUUUGUCACAUUUCAUUGCAUCUCAGACCUGGAGAAUUCAGAACUGGGCAUUGCUGUCCAUGUCACUUACACUACUGGGCAAACUAUUCUAGCAAUUCAUUGUCCCUACUGGAUGGUGAACAAGACCGGGAGAAUGCUGCAGUAUAAGGCUGAUGAUGUUCACCGAAAACAUCCUGCUGAUCACAAGAAACCCCUCCUUUUCUCUUUUAAGCCAAAAAACUUUUUCCAAAAUAACAAGGUGCAGCUCAUGAUAACUGACAGUGAAUUAUCUGAUCCCUUUUCCAUGGAUACAGUUGGUACGCAUGGCUCCGUAAAGUGCAAGAGUAAACAACUGGAGUACCAGGUUGGUGUCUCCAUAUAUGCCAGCAGUUUCAAUCUCACCAGAAUUGUCACGUUUACUCCAUUUUUUAUGAUUACCAAUAGAAGCAUUUACAAGGUGGAUAUCAUUGAAGAGGGCACUGAGAGAGUAGUUGUAGUUGGCUCUGGACAGUGUGUACCUUUUUGGCCUAAAAACAGCAAUAAUAAAUUGAGUGUUCACGUUGAAGGCUCCCAAAAACCUCCAAAGAACAUUUAUUUUAAUAAACCAGACAACUGCACUUUACUUUGCCUUGAUGAUAAGCUUGGCGGCAUAUUAGUGGAUGUCACCCCAAGAGACUACUCCACUGUUAUCACAUUCUCAGACUACCUUGCAGGGUCAGCACCUUUUCUUGUAAUCAAUGAUACAAAGUCAGAAAUCAUUGAAUUCUGUCAAAGUUCUGUUAAUGGGGAGAAAGACACUUUGCCUCCAGGAAAAGCAACAUUAUUUGCAUGGGAAGAUCCAACUAGUGAAAGAGCAUUAAACUGGAUAUGUGGUGCAAGCAGUGGCACGGUCACUCAGAUAGAGGAUCGAGUUGAAUACCUUAGAAUGGAGAAUAGCAUUGUCUAUUUGGUGUCCUUCCUGGAAGGUUUACAAAGGAUUGUAAUGUUUACUGAAGAUGAAAAAGUUUUCCAAGUAACCUAUGACAGUGAAAAAGCAGAACUUGCAGAGCAGGAGGUCACUGUGUCGUUGUCUAACCUUGGAUUUUCUUUAGUAAAUAAUUUUUCAAAACAAGAAGUCUCCUACAUUGGUAUCACCAGCUCUGAUGUAGUUUGGGAGACAAAAAAGAAGACAAGAUGGAGGCCACUGAGUAUAAAGCAGACAGAAACACUAGAAGUUGCCUACAAAGUAUACAGUGAAUCUUCUCCUACCAAUGACAAAAUUGUUGAGUUGGAUGCUAAUUCACAGGUGUGCCUGACACCCACAUUGACUGGCAUGAAAAUCGUGCAACCAUCAGCACCAGUGAGAAGAAGCUUUCUGCCAGCUUUGAAGGUUGAAUACUCUGCCUCUGCUCACCAAAAAUCUAUCAGACUACAGGUCUACAGAAUACAGAUACAAAAUCAAAUUCCUGGGGCAAUAUUUCCAUUCGUAUUUUAUCCCGUUAAACCUCCAAAGUCUGUGACCAUGGACUCAGAACCCAAACCUUUCACUGAUGUGAGUAUUGUGAUGAGAACAGCUGGACAUUCUGAAAUAUCACGCAUAAAAUAUUUCAAGGUUUUGAUACAAGAAAUGGAUUUGCGGGUAGAUCUUGGAUUUUUGUAUGCCCUUGUUGACCUCUUUGCACAGAGUGGUGAAGUGCCUAAAGAUCAAGCUGUGGAGCUUUUCAAAAAGGACAUAGAAUCUCUUCAAGCAGAAUUAAGCACUGUGUCUUCAAUCAGUGCUUCUCAGCUCAGCCUUUAUGAACAUUUUCACAUAUCACCUAUUAAGCUUCAUUUAAGUUUUUCUCUGAGCACUAGUGGAGAUGAUGGAAAUAAAGAACUUCGAGAUAAAGAGCUUAUACCUGUUCAGUCUUUAAAUCUUCUGCUAAAGAGUAUUGGUGCCACCCUUACAGAUGUGCAGGAUGUUGUGUUCAAGUUGGCAUUUUUUGAGAUUCAAAAUCAAGUUUAUUCUAGACAGGAACUGCAGUGGGAAGUCAUCAGACAUUACUCAAGACAAGCUAUAAAACAAAUGUAUGUUCUUGUGCUUGGACUUGAUGUGUUGGGGAAUCCUUUUGGCUUAUUUCGUGAUCUGUCGGAAGGGGUGGAAGCAUUCUUUUAUGAACCUUACCAGGGUGCAAUCCAAGGACCAGAGGAGUUUGUUGAGGGAAUGGCACUGGGUGUCAAGGCUCUUGUUGGAGGAGCAGUUGGUGGUUUAGCUGGAGCAGCAUCCCGGAUCACAAGUGCUAUGGCUAAAGGUGUAGCAGCUAUCACCAUGGAUGAAGAAUAUCAGCAAAAGCGGAGAGAAGCCAUGAACAAGCAGCCAAGUGGAAUCAGGGAAGGUCUUACACGUGGAGGAAAAGGCCUUGUAUCUGGCUUUGUCAGUGGAAUAACUGGGAUUGUCACAAAACCAAUUAAAGGUGCUCAGAAGGAAGGGGCAGCUGGAUUUUUUAAAGGAAUUGGUAAAGGUUUAGUGGGUGCUGUAACCAGGCCAACAGGAGGCAUCAUAGACAUGGCCAGCAACACAUUUCAGGGCAUUAAGAGAGCUACUGACACUGCUGAUGAGGUAGAGAGCCUGCGCCCUCCACGAUUUCUUCAUGAAGAUGGGGUUAUACGACCAUAUAGACUGAGGGAAGGCACUGGGAGCCAAAUGCUGCAGAGAAUUGAAAAUGGAAGAUUUGCCAAAUGUAAAUAUUUUGCACAUGCAAUGGUCAAUAACACAGAUUUAUUAAUGGUGAUGAAAAGCGGUAUUCUGUUUGUUACUAAAGGCACUUUUGGACAGCUUACUUGUGAGUGGCAGUAUAGCUUUGAUGAGUUUACCACAGAACCAGUCAUUGUGAAUGGGAGAAGGUUGCGCAUUGAAGCAAAGGAACGAGUGAAAUCUGUUUUUCAUGCCAAAGAGUUUGGAAAAAUAAUAAAUUUUAAAACUUCAGAUGAUGCCAAGUGGAUUCUUUCUAAAUUGGAAGAAGUUCGAGAUCAUAAUGAAAGAGAUACAAAAUGAUGAAUGUCUACUUCAGUAAACCACAUGCUGCACUUCAGAAGCCAACAUUUGUUUAACACUUUUAGAUUUAAAACAGCUCUGUAUACAAGAAUAAAACCUUAUGUAAAGUUGGUAAUUUUUUGAUUUCUAUCUAUAUAUAUAUAUAUAUAUAUAUAUAUAUAUAUAUAUAUAUAUUGCACUUGUAGUGUUAUAGACUUUUUUUUAUCAUGCAAUUACCUAAACUCUACGUUAUUCUGUUAGAACUGUAUAUAGAAAUAUUGCAAUCUAUAUUUAUGUAUCGCCAAUAAUAUAGAAUGAUCGGCAUACAACUGUAUUUACCACCAAUUUGAUUGUACAAUGUUAAGUAUAUAUACACGACUAAUUUAAAAAGUAUGGUAUAUUAUGGCAUAGUGUUUACUGGCAUGACAGAACACAUGGCUUUAUUGAUGACCUGACAAUCUGUAGUUUUGUUUUUAGUCUUUAUACGCAUGGGAUGUUUACAUCAGAGCAAUGAGAAUACAGGUCUCCUAAACAGUAGAUUGGACAGUUUGGGUCCUACUGAUUGUAUGGCUGCCUUAAUAAAGUUUAACCAUUGUCAUUUUUAGCACCUUAUUUAACUUUAUGCAGAUGUUACAGGUUAAUCUAUGGUUAAUCUAUCUAUGUCUAGUGCAUGAAUUAUCAAUUUUGAAGAUAAAUUUAUGUAUUAAUUUGUCUAUUUGUAUAUGAGAGAAUAAUGCUGCUAACUUUCUGUUGAAUUAGAACACUGAGAGAUGAA